CUUUGCUUUCCUCCUUGCUUUCCCUUUCUCUCGUCUCCAACGUCUAGGAACCACAACCGGCCUCAUCACCUGGUACGGUAUGAAAUGGCCCCUCGACUCACUCCAGAAAAGAAGGAUAGAAUCCGCACAAUGCUGCUCGAAGGGCGCUCGAUAAGUGAAAUCGCCAAACUAAUCCCUUGCACCGAACGCACCGUUUAUCGAACACGAUCGGCCAUACGACGAUUCGGUACGGCAGCGGCUCCUCCAAACCGUGCCGGCCCCGAUCCCAAAAUAACCCCUCUUAUGCGAGAUGCACUUUGCAGAGAGCUGGUCAGAAAGCCGGAAAUGCUGAGACGUGAGAUGGUUGCUUUCCUCCGAAAGCGCUUCGACGUAGACGUGUCGCCCACGCGCAUCACAAGAACCCUGCAGGCCUUGCAGUGGACUCGUAAGAAUACACGCCGCGUGGCGAGACAGCGCAACCCGCAACUGCGCCAUUACUAUCAUUACAGACUAAAGUUAGGCGGCUAUCGAUCGUAUCAUCUAAUCUUUCUCGAUGAAUCUGGCUUGGAUAAAAGCAUCGGCGUUCGACGAAAGGGGUGGGCUCCCAAGGGCGUACCGCCCAUGCAGAUCGCUCGCUUUCAACGAGAGGAGAGGUACCAGGUUCUGGCUGCUUACACACAGAGGGGCAUCAAGCUUUCGCGCGUCUAUCGCGGAUCGACGGAUACUGCGACCUUUGUAGACUUUAUCGAGCAGCUGCUACAUCACUGUGGCAGAUGGCCAGAACCGGAAUCUGUGCUUGUCAUGGACAACGCUAGCAUUCACUGUUCAGACAAGAUCAAGCAGAUGUGUGACGAGGCUGGCGUGAAAGUGGAGAUGACAGCACCCUACACUCCCGACAUGAACCCGAUUGAAGAGUACUUUGCCGAGAUGAAGGCUUGUGUGAAACUACGGUGGGAUGAACACAUCGACCUGAUCCAGAAAGACUUUGGGGCGUACGUCAAGUCGUGCGUUCAAGCUGUUGGCGAACGGCAGGCCAGCGCUGAGGGUCACUUUCGUAAUGCAGGGCUCGCAGUUGAGCAACCUCCAGAGAGGCAAUAG